AUGGAUAAAGCCAGUAAAUCAGUCCGUGAUGGGCGCACUUAUAAGGAGAGGUCACAGCCUGAAGAGCGCAAACGAUGGGGACUUCUCGAAAAGCACAAGGAUUAUUCUGCCAGAGCGCGCGACUUCAAUAAGAAAAAAGCAAAGCUUAAGGCACUUAAGCAAAAAGUCCUCGAGAAGAACCCCGAUGAGUUUUACUUUGGAAUGGUGAACAGGAAGGGUCCUUCAAAAGCCGCCAAAAGAUAUACAGGCACUGUGAAUGGAGACCGAGGCAACCAGGUUUUGAAUCAGGAUGCUGUACGUUUGUUCAAGACACAGGAUUUGGGUUACGUACGGACAAUGAGGAAUAAGGCAUUGAAGGAAGUUGAGGAUUUAGAAAAGAGAACCGUGGGUAUUAAAGGACGUGGAAAGAAAGUUGUGUUUGUGGAAGAUGAGGAAGAACAGCAAGAAAAGGCGGGAGGGGAUGAUUCGGACAUGAGUAUGGACAUGGAUAUGGAUUUCGAUUCCGAGGAGGACGAUGAACACGAUGACGCAAGCAAAGAUGGGGAUAUCAAGGAAGAUGUGGCAGCCAAAAACCUACGAAAGCUUCAGGAAAAGCAGGCUGAUAAGCUGGAAGUCAAGUUAUCGAUUGCGCGACAACGGUUGAAAGCUCUAGCGGAUGCAGAGGAGGCUCUGGAUUUACAACGAGCGAAAAUGGCUAAAUCUUCAACAAUUGGCGGCGUUAAUAAAAAUGGGGUCAAGUUCAAGAUACGAGAGCGGAAGAGAUAG